CAGACACACACACACACACACACACACACACACACACUGACUGAGACCUCAGAGAGAGAUGAGUUUCUACAGCGACGACUCCUCUCCCGACGAGUUAGAGACUUUAGGGUGGUACCACCAUGACCUGUCCCGCCAUGCAGCAGAGGCUCUGCUCCUGUCCAAUGGGACUGAUGGGAGUUAUCUCCUGAGGAACAGUAAUGAAGGGGAAGGCUGCUUCGCCCUGUCUGUCAGGGCAAAGGAUUCCGUCAAACAUUUCCACGUGACACGCAAAGAUAACAGCUACUCGUUUGGCUUCAACGAGUACCCAACCCUUCAACAUUUUGUCAUUCACUUCGCUAAUCAUCCUCUGCUGGGCAGUGACGCAGGAACCCUGAUGGUGCUGAAGAGUCCGUAUCCGUGGCGUGUGGAGGAGCCAUCCAUCUACGAGUCAGUGCGAGUUCACACAGCCGUAAAGACGGGCCGCACAGAAAACGACCUGGUGCCCACCGCACCAUCGCUAGGCACAAAGGAAGGCUAUCUGACGAAACAAGGAGCAUUUGUGAAGAACUGGAAACAGAGAUGGUUCACACUCAACAGAUGUGAACUCAAAUACUUCAAAGACAAAGGGAGUGAGGAGCCCAUCCGGACCGUGGACCUCAGAGCCUGCUCUGCAGUACAGUUUGACUACUCUCAGGAACGAGUCAACUGUUUCUGCUUAGUGUUUCCUGAAAGGACAUUUUAUCUCUGUACAAAGACGGGAGUGGAGGCAGAUGAGUGGAUCAAGAUCCUCAGGUGGAAACUGUCACAGAUAAACAAAGGUCGGUGACAGCUGUCAGCAAAGAGCCAGGAGAUGAAGGGAAGGAACAAUGAAGGAGAGCCCCAUUAACAUGUGAAGGGUUUAGCAUCCCAAAGUGUAGCAUCACAUUAAGGCUGGCCUGGAUGUGGCUCAGUCACCAGCGUGCUGUUGGCUUCUAUGACCCUCGGGACCUCAAAGAUAUUGCUAGCAUGAAUCCAUAAGAGCAUCUCUCAGUACUUCCUUCAUUCAAUGUGUUUUUGGUUAGAUGCCUACCCAUAAAAUAUGUCAGUAAAUACAAAAACCUGCAGGUAUCAUGAAUGUGUGUUUGCCACAGAGCUUAUUUCCUGCAAAAUUCCCAAACCACAUGGAGAAAUCCCAUUGCUUCGUCGAUAGAGCACUUGUGAUGCUAACGUCUGGGUUGGCCUACGUCAUCACUGCACCACUAUUUUGGUUCCCAGUGGUGAGGAACAGCUAAGGCUGAUCACUGUUACACAGAAGUGCCAAACAAUAAUCAAACAAUUAUAUUCCGCUUUACACGAAUUCGGUUUCCAUAAACUACAUGUCCCACAGUGAAUCUUGAUUUUGUUACCGGCUCACUGAAAUCUCUUAAAAAUGUUGCCGUUUCUUAAGUCAAGUCAUGUAAUCAUAAAGAGUAUAAACUGAACCAAAAUGUCUAACGUCAAAAGAAAAGUACAUGUUAGAAAAGAGAAUUGGAGGGAUGAAACCCUCACACAUGCAGAGCACACAGCACACACAGUGAAAUGUGGCCUCUGCAUUGAACCCAUCCUAGUAGUAGGAGCAGUGGGCAGCUAUUGUACAGCGCCCGGGGAGCAAUGGGAGUGAGGGGGGAAGGGGGGUGUGAGGGGGGAUUUCUUCUUUGCCACUAGGCAGUGAUGAUGCCCAAAUGAUACACUUUACAGGGGUACACAUUAGUUUAUUUGUCAAACUCAUUUUUUAAAUAAAUUGUUAAAAAUACUUGAAGUCUGAUUGCAAUUAUUUUCUCUAAACUUCUGCUUUCAAAGCUCGUUAUCAACCAAGUUAUGACUAAAACCAGUGUUGGGGAAAUAUGUUCCUAGGCCCACACCUUUGACCCAGUUGAUCAGUCUGGACUGCCCUCACUGAGCUCCUGCACCUUGGCUGCUGUGCUCUCAGUGUUCUGUCUCCCUGUUCCUGCCUGUUGGCGUCAGCUGAUAGAGGUGUUAUGGUUCUAUCUUGUUAUGCACAAUGUUGAUUCUUCUCUCUGAACUAGCUAAAUACACGGGUCUGGGGUAGAGUUCUUCAGAAUUGGUUUGGCAUUCUACUGUGUCAAUUCGUGGAACAGCACGUCUUGUGAAUUCUCCGGCUAAAGCUCCAAAUAAACCAUCAGUGUUUGCCACCAAAGUU